ACGUUCAAAUCCGCCGCGCACAGAGACAUGGUCGUCCUAAUGACGCGGUUACACCUUCAGGAUUUGCUGCUACAGCGUUUUGGGCGCCUGCGAACGGCAGAGUGCGAGCUGUUGCGCAAAGUCACAGGCACUCCCCGGCUGCUACUGCUGUGGGCAGAGUUGCUGGUGCAGGAGAACCCCGCGAAUCCACCAGCCAACGCCUACUUUGUUCCUCCUCAGCUGUACGCCCUCCCAGAAGUCAAGGCUUUGCUGCGAAAAGACAAGGCUUUGCGGUGGUUGAUGCAACGUAUUGAUCCAAAGGGGCGAGGAGGGCCGUGUGACGCUACUAAGGACUGUGUCCCCUCCCCGCAUUUCCCCUCUGUACUCUUACAGCAGGUUCCACAGUUCCCCUACGAACCACAGCAAUUGGAGAUGAUGAGAGACUCGUAUGGCUUGCUCAAGUGGCCCUUCAAGCCGGUGAAGGGAGCAGCAGAGGCAGCAGCUGCUGCUGCUGCCAGCACUGCUGCACCCCCGCCAAUAUCAGAGGCUGAGCCAACGCCCGAAGGCGUUGCUGCUGCUGUAGCGGCUGUAGCUGCUGCAGUCGAUAGGGGAGACGUCCAGCGCGCGAAGAGCAAGGUGCUCACACACUGCAGCUCCGACGUUCUCUACGCUCCAGAUGAAACCGAAACAGGCGCUUACGUGUGGCACUGA